CAACAGUUGUCAAACUAAUCCAGCAUUAUGUCAGAAGACAGCAGGACUAUUUAUGUCGGAAACAUAUCUGAUAGAGUUUCUGAGGAGAUAUUGUAUGAGCUGUUUUUACAGGCUGGACCAUUAGAGAAAGUAACUAUUCCAAAAGACAAGGAAGGUAGAAGAAGAAAGUUUGGAUUUGUAACUUUCAAGCAUGAUGUCUCUGUGCCUUACACUCUUCAGCUCUUUGAGGGUUUGAGUUUGUAUGGUAGAUCUCUGAAUCUGAAGAGUCGUAAUGGGGGACAGGACAGUGGAUCCCCAUCCCACGUCCAGAGCAUGUCCCCAGGCAUGUCCCCUCCAGUCAGCAAUCCUAACCAGCCAAAUGCCUUCUCCCCACGUUUGACCCAGGCUUAUGGAGCCCCUCAGCCAGGUCAGUUUCACAGGUCACACACCUGGCAUGGGAACCUACCUGGAGAGGGGAUCUCAGGAGAGAGGCAAUACCACCGGCAGCAAGGCUCCCAGAGCCCUGAACAGUACCACCAGGGCCUGCCAUCCUGGUCACGCCAGAAUCCUCAGCAGGGGCGCAGUGUUCAGCAGCAGCAGGGACAGGCGGGCUGGUUUAACCAGGGAAGUCCCAUGUUGCCACCAUCCAAUAUGCAGCAGUCAAACGAGGUCAGACGGCAGCGCCUUCUUCGACAACAACAGCCUUGGCUAGACGCUCAUUGUCAACAACAUGCCAGCCGACAUCAGAACUUUGGAGCAAACCCAUGGCAACAACAGUCAAAACGUUAUGGACAGUACUGAAUACUUAAUCACAUAAACUGUGAGCAUUCCUGCACAUUUCAUAAUUCAGAAAUAAUACACAUCCUCUUAGUGACUGUUAACAUUGAACACUAACCAUUACAUGAUUACGUCUGUUUUAAUAUUUACAUUUGUUCAUCUUUUAAAUUCUCAUCAUGGUCAUCAUUAUCAUCAUUGUAACUAUCUUACAUUUUAUUCUGUGACAUUCUCUGGGGAUUGUCCCAGUUCAGGCAAGUACAUGUAACUACAGGCUCUUGUCAUCAGUCAGAUAUUUUCAUGAAUUAAACUUUUCCAUACAUA